GACCACUUCUGUAACCUACCGGAAGACAUAAGUUUCCAUCCUCGACUUCUAUGGCUACUUUUGGAUGGCUGUACAAAGCCUCUAUCAUUGCCAAAGCUUCCAUCAAGUGUACAAAGCUUGUUUAUAGAUGGUUGCACAUCAAUGGUGCUUAAGGAAGUUGAGGUCCAGAGGCUGAAGACCUCACAAUCUAUAUCAGCCAUCCACAUGGAUGAGUGCCAUCAUCUGGAGAACACUUUCAGGAAGAAGAGCCCUUUCCAGGGUAUACAUAGGACUUUUGAGGUCUUUGGUCCUGGGAGUGAGAUUCCAGAGUGGAUGGCUCAUCAGAGUACAGGGUCUUCAAUAUCUUUUGAGGUAUCUCCGCAUUUGGGUUGUAAGUUAGAAGGGUUGGAUGCAUCUGCUGUUUUUGCAGUUGAAGAAGAAGAAGAUGACAAUAGGGUUAAUGCAAACCCUAUCAUUUUUAAUAAAACCACAGGUAUUAAAUGGGAAUGGAUUGGUGGAAUACCGUAUAUCCCAAGCUCAAACUAUCAAGAUCAAAUGUGGGUGUGCCAUAUUCCAUUUGCUAGUCUUUAUGUUCAGUUAGGUGGUGAACGUGAAUUUGAGGCUCAAGCAGGGGAUCAAUUGGAAUUCUCAAUAAAUUUUGAAAUUGUGGAUUUUGAAGAAGCGAGAGUGCAGGUGAAGAAAUGUGGAGUCUUGCAGGUACACAAGCCAGAUGAGGAGGAAACAGGAUUGAACAAAGACCAAUCAAUGAUUCAAUACACUUCAGAUGAUAUUGUUGUCAAUGAAGAAGGAUCACUUCACUAGUAGUUUACACAAGAGAUAAGAACAAC